AGUGAAGCCUGUAAACGGUUACCAAGAUCAUGUGAAGAUUUGGCCAGAAAUAUUUUCAACUUUUUAAAAAGUUCUUCAAAACGCCAAUGUGAGUUCUCUCAGUUUCAAACAUUUUUAAAUUUGGAUCCCCAUAAAAUUUUACAUCCAUCACAAACUCGAUGGCUGUCUUUAACUGCAGUAGUAGACAGAGUUAUAGAACAAUGGGAUGCACUGAGAUUAUACUUUGUAGAUACUGUUUUAGUACAGCGGCUUCUGUCAACUGAACAUAUCCUUGCUGCUUUGAAUGACCCUUUUAUGAAGUUAUUUUAUUAUUUCUUGCAAUGGGCUCUUCCUAAAUUUACAAGAUUUAACCAAUUCUUUCAGACAGACUCUGUUGUUAUUACUGAUUUGCAUGAAAAGAUUGUUUCACUCUACAAAGAGCUUCUAUUAUGUUUUUUGAAAAGGGACUAUGUUAUGAGAACUCCUCUAGUAAAUAUAAAUCCCAUGAAUGGGCAAUAUCAAAUCACAGAUAAUGAACUGUAUCUGGGAACUAAGGUAUUAAUGCAUAAGGACAAUCCGGAUAUUUUAAGUAAUAAUAACCAACGUAAAGACUUUUUUGAAAGGUGUCGUCAGUUCUUACAAACAUCUUCUUCAGAAAUGAAAAAAAGAUAUAAUAUGGCUGAUCCUGUCUUAACAGAAUUAUUUAGUUUUAAACCAAAAAAUGCUUUGUCAUUAGAAUUUAGAAACACUAAGCCUUCUCUUGUCAAUCUAAUUAAAUUAGUUCCUUGUAUCAUUAAUAUUAAUGAUCCCCGAAUACAAGUCAUUGAUGACGAAUGGCGUAAAUUACCUAUUUCAAUAAGUUCACUUCCAGAUGAAAUUGAAAAUAUGAUUGAACCGGAUACAUUUUGGUGGUCUAUUAAAAAGUUUAGCAUCGAAAAUGAUACUCAAGAAUUUAUUCAACUAUGUAAUUUUGCACUGGCUUUGCUUAGUUUACCACAUGCAAACGCGGAUUGCGAACGAAUAUUCUCUUCUGUAAAUUGUAUGAAAACCAAGAUCAGAUCAAAAUUAAUAACUGAAACUAUAAGGGGGCUACUUCAUACAAAACAAUGUAUAAAAGGUGGCAGUAAAAGUCAGAAUAAUUGUACUAACUUUGAACCCACUAAUGCCAUGUUAAGUAGAAUGACUGCAAAUUCUCUAUAUAGUAAAUGCGAAGAGUCAAUAUUUUCUGAUUUAAAUGUUGAACCAACUUACCAAGUUACUGAAAUGGACUGUGAUGAAAUAGUUAUGGUAAACAGUUAUGGUAACCUAACCUACAGCCGCUAUGGUAAACUGACUACAUUCUUGAAAGGAAAAAAUCGAUAA